AAACAAUUUUUAUGGAUCUGUUAGUUUGGGCCAAAAAAAUAUUUCCUACCAAAAUCAAAAAUACUCUCAAUGAUGUUUUGUUACAUUGUGGUCUUGAAGACAAGAUCGAUCUCCCAUAUAUUCCUACUAACUCCUCUAAUCUCAAAUCAAUAUUCAUUAU